AUGUGGCUGCUCAUACAUCAACCUUAUUGGUCUGCUCUGAACCAGGCUCGUUUGGUCAAGGUGCCUUGCUGCCAUGGCGAAUCUGCACAAGGCAUCCUUCUGGGCGAAAUCAGCCCAAUAGACCCCAAGUCUCGGGAAAUUAGGCACCAAGCGUCGUUACACAAUGGUCAGUUCGGCCAGCAAAUUUGCUUCUCGUUUCUUCCGCACGCCGCUCAUCAAUCAUCGCACUCAUCAAACGAGCUCAACAUUCAAUGCCACUUCCCCUAUAUCGGUUUAAGGAUUAUGUCGGAGUUUCCACUUCUCCGGCCGAAUGCUUACGCGGGAACUCCAGGGAGUGGGCGACAAGGCGCCGCUGUGGCUGAGGCGUUACCCCCCACACCAGCGUCUAGACCAGAGGCCCUUUCUUGUGUUGCAACCAGGGAAGAUUAUUGGGGCGAAGCUCUUCGCCGCCUCGAUGCGACAAAACAGAAUUGUAUUCAACAGGCUUUGGAGAAACAACAAGAUGGAAGUGGCGGCAGCGUUGACGUUGAUGAUGCCAAAGAGAGCAGACUUCGACUUCAAGACAGGCCGGUAAUCACCGAAGGCUCACUUUCAUGGCCCGACAUCUUAUCAGAAGUCUGUCGCCGCAGCCAACGACUGGAAGACGACAGAACGAAAAAGCGGAAUUUCCGAUUCGCCGGUCGCGACGUCAACCUGCGAAAAACAUUGGAAACCUGGGUCAAGUUCUUCAAUAGGAUCAAGCAAAUUGGGGACAUUGCAGUAAAUGUUGACCCCAUCCAUGCUGGUCUUCCUUGGGCUGCAAUUCGGCUCAUUAUCACUGCGGCGACGGCCUCAAGUGACCAAAACGGUGCUAUCUAUGUGGGAAUCGAGAAGGUCCUUUUCCUUAUGAAUCGAGGGGCAGCGUACGAGGCCCUGCUCGCACAUCUUCGUCGCCAGUUGUCAGCCGAGAUCCUAAUCAAUUUCGAAGAAGCUCUGGUUAAGCUCUAUACAUGUCUCCUCGAGUUUUUAGCGUCGGCCCUUGUCGUUCGAGACAAAAAUGUGUUCAAGCGAGCUUUCUAUGCUUUUUGGACACCACAGGAUGUUAGUUCAUUCAGUGAAAACUGUCUGGAGCUCGAGAAGACACUUGAGAUUGAGUCCAGGCUUGUAGAAAGCCAAUGCAACAGAGAAACAACAGACAAUAUCGAGACGAUACUGAAAGCAUCCGAUUGUCUCGAGGAAGUGAUUGCGGAUACCAAAACCUUGGUUCAGGCCCUCCGAGGAGAGAUCAAAGAGCAACGUCACCGGGAGCAAGAAGAGGAGGAAAAUCUGGAGGCCUUAGGUUGGGUCUCAAACAUUCCAAUCUUGGAUUACCAUGACAAUGCAAAAGACGGCCGCACUCCCUACACAGGCCAAUGGGUAUUCAGCAAGCCCGAGUUUCGCGAUUGGGAGAGCUGCUCCGGUUCUUCGCUCCUAUGGAUCCACGGAAUACCCGGUGCGGGGAAAACAAAACUCGUAACCACUAUUGUCGACUAUUUUCUCCAAUCGCGGCAACCUUCUCAGAAUUUGACACGGACCACCCCGAGUGCAGAUUCAUGUGCUCAUCGACCAACGCCUUCCAGAGCCUCAGAGCCUAGUCCACUGGCUUUCUUCUACUGCCGCCGUGCUGAUACUGAGCGUCGCAAACCAGAAAAUGUUCUUCGGAGCUUUUUGAAGCAACUCGCAUUGUCACAUGACGGGAGUCUCGCCUCCUUACGGACUGUUUACAUGGAUAAGAAACGGCAAGGGUUUCUAUCAAAUUCUCUUAAUACUAUAGAAUGCCAGGAUCUCUUAGUCAAGAUGAUAACACAGUGUCGGGAGGCAAUUUUGAUUUUGGACGCCCUUGAUGAAUGUGAUGAAGAAUCCCGUCACGAUUUGAUUGCUGCAGUAAACGGGCUUGUUGAACGCAGCAUUCCGGCCAAGAUCCUCAUAUCUAGCAGACGAGAUGAUGAUAUCACAGCGGAGUUUGAGGACAGAGUCAACUUCAGUCUCUCAGCCACGGAGAAUCAUGACGAUAUCAUGCGAUUCGUGAAGGAUAAAAUCAAAGAGUAUAGAAAUUCGAAAACUGCUAGGAGGAAGAUCAAUUCCGCUAUAUCAACCAAACUUGAGCAGCAAAUCAUCAAGGUGUUCCUGGACAAGAGUAAUGGGAUGUUUCAAUGGGCAGCAUUGCACCUCGCACAUCUUCUUUCCCUCGAUCGACCGUUAGAUAUCGCGAGAACCUUGCAAGGUCUUCCCAGAGGUCUGGAGAAGACGUACGGCGAGAUUUUUGAACGAAUCACAAGUCCAGAUAAUAGUCUCAGAGAUAUUGCCAUCAGAACAUUGCUUUGGAUGCUAAGCCAAAACGGAAUCGCCAAUGUGGAUCAAACUCUAGUUAUCGCUUGCCAGGAUCUCUCUAACGAUGAUAUAAAUCAAGUUGAUAUCGAUAUCGAGACUGUUAUCAAAGCAUGUCAGAACCUGAUAGUGGUAGAAAAUGGAUCUGACUUUUCUGCCCCGCACAACUUUUCAACUUCAAUCCCAGGAGAAAAUGAACCUCUUUCUCCUGUUCCUGGUCCUCCUCUUCCUAUUCCUCCAGUUCCAAAGGCUCCACCUUCCCCGCCACCAGAAUUACAUGGUUCUUGUACGACCGCAUAUCGCCCUCGAUUCCCGGAAGAUCAGUUUACUGCCAUACCAUAUACUUAUAGGACUCCACCCUCAACACCUCAUGGUCCACCACCUCCCACACAUCCACCUUUAAUUGUGCGAGAAUUUGCGGACUAUUUCUGGAUUUACCACAUCCAAAAAUGUUGGGUUCCCGGGGCUAUACCUCAAGAUGAACGACUUGUUGCUCUUGCAACAAGAUUUUUAGGCUUCCCUAGCAAAACUUCGGAAGCGUUUGACCGAUGGCUUUCUAGAUUCUCGUGGCAUAGCCUCUCCUUCGGUUACACUCCAACAUUUUGGUCAAUCAAGAGGAAGCAUCCUUUGUUUAGCACAGAUUACUCCUUUAGGUCUUGGGCAUAUUCUCAUGGCUUUGGAUGGCCAGGACGCGAUGGACCUAGUAAAUUCGAUUUUCAAGGCCAAUCCUCUCUGGUGGCAUGCUUUUUCGGUCUCGAUCACAUUUUCUUUCCGUCAGCGGAAGACAUCAUCACAAUUCCAGCUCUUUUUUGGGAUCCGCACUGGUCAAGGCCUGGGACCACCAUUUCAAUUUUUUCGCACUUUUCUUCUCCUCGAAUGCUUUGGAUGAUGCUUGGACCGUUGGUCAAGACAAAUGCCGAACAAGCAAACAAUUUGCUUUGGAACCUUGUACUGUCUAUCGGAAAUCACCCUCUCAAAUACAUAUAUACGUGGAGCUUUCCCCACUAUUUUUCGCUUUGUACAGGCGCAGCUGAACUUGUACAUUGCCUGCAUGUACGCGACUGUUUCAACAUGUGUGGUCGGAUCGUAACCCAUUUGCUUCGUCCGGACUUCCCUAUGUAUUCUUCUUAUCCUGUCGCCGAAGCUUUACAGUCUGCUUCCAAGAUCGUGUCCCUUGGUGCAAAUCUUACCGUUCCACUCCGGCAGGCACUAGAACAAUCUCGGUGGCAAAAUGUCGUGUGGUUGGUUGAACAUGGGGCCAAGCCAGACGCCGACGUUUUAUCUACGAUCCUUGAAUGCGAGACUUACCAUGGGUACGACCGAUUUCCACCAGCUGAUACAUAUAAAGCCCUCAUUGACCGAGGGGCGGAUGUCAACGCGUACAUCUACAGAGGAGAAUAUUGGGUAGGCACGCCAAUUAUUGCUGCUAGCAUCCAUGGCAAUUCAGAAUUAGCUCAACUACUUGUGAGCGCUGGUGCGGAGGUGGAUGUCAUACCUUGGGCUGAGGUUGGCACGCCAUCAAUAGAGUCCGAAACAACAGAAGAGCAUGAAUUCAACUUGUACUCCCUAUCAAAAUUUAAAUGCAAGAAAUUGAACGGCGUCGGUGCCGCCCCGUUUGGGACUGCUCUCGUAGAGGCUUCUGCUAGAGGUCAUGUCGAGAUAUGUCGUCUUCUUGUUAAGCAUAUGCCAGAUAUGCAUGCAGAUGCACCGCUCCAACCAGGAAUCGGCAAAUUUGGAACGCCACUUAUCGCUGCAUGCGCAUUCAAUCGCCUUGAUAUCUGCAGGGUUCUUCUCGAAUGCCAUGUUGACGUAGCAGCCCUGAGUUGGAGGGUUCCUAAAUUCUCAGGACCUCCACUCACCACCAAUGCAUUACUCACAGCUGCAAGUUGUGGUGGUUUGGAGAUUUGCCGUUUGCUCCUUCGUCAAGGAGCAGAUUACAAUGUUAUUACACCACCCGAAAACACAGCCAUGUUACGGUCUCAGGGAUCGCCCCUCAUUGCUGCAGCUUUAUAUGGUCACAAAGAAAUCUGUCGGCUGCUGAUAGACCACGGUGCCAAGGUGGAUGGGAUUGCGUUAGAUGCAAAGUACCCCACAGCGCUCAUUGCCGCGGCCUCGAGAAACAAGUGGAAGGUAUGCCAGUUGCUCAUCGAUUAUGGGGCCAAUGUCGAUCUUCUAGUACCGAAUACUCCUUACUGCAAUGCUCUCAUCGCUGCAUGUCGACUGCGUAAGUUGCGGUCGAUUGAGGUCCUUAUCGCAAGAGGUGCCGAACGGAAGAUAGACCCUUCCACUGGUGAGUACGCAAGGCAACUUCUCGCAGCUUGCAUGGGGUUUGAUGUAAGAAGGGCCAAGGUCAUGGAGCUCAUAUCCUCUGGCGCAGCUUUGCCUCGUUUGGAGACAAUCGAAUUGAACGAAGAGGCACUGGAUAUCAUGAGAGGAAGACUGACUGCAGCCAGUUCCAUGAUCGGCCAAAUAGAUCUGAAGAAGAAGCAAGAUUUCUCUCAAGUGCAGGAUGAAGUGCAGCGGAAAGUAAGGUUAUUGACGGAAGAUAAUCUCCUCGCGUUUUCUAAGGUCAAUGAUCUUCGGACGUUGUUGGAAGUGAUCUAUGAUCCCCUCCUUCUCACGAAGAAAUUACGACGCAUUGCCCUGCAAGCUUUGAGAAGGAUUGCCACAAGGAUGUUUGAUCUAAAUCCCCAGAGGUUGAAGGACUUAUUUGAGAAAUUUCCGACUUUGGCAGCCGAUUUGGCCCUGGCUUAUACUGAAGAGAUGGCAAAUGCGGAAAGGGAUUGA